CCCACCACUGACUGGCCCUCUCUCAAUGGCGGGGACAGGGGAACCGCGGCCAGCAAACGCGACAGAAAAAUCCAACUGUAAAUCUGACGCUUCUUAUCGACUGAGCCGCCCUCGAGCUUUGUACUACUGUCCUGUAGCUAUAUCAACACUUCGUCCGUCGCCUACCACUUUACAAAAGACAUUGCACCAAGGCCCAACACACCAUGAGCAGCGAUUCACAGCUCCUUCGGGGAGACAAUCGAAACCGAUACGAUUCCUACAUUGGCAGCAAAAUCUUCUAUCGUGGUCAUGUAGCCGAAGUCAUUGAUCAAAUCAUGGCGAAUCCAUUGACACGGCAACGUAUCGAGGUCGUUGCUGCUCGUCAAAAGAAGAGUAAAGCAGAAGUCAAGAAGGCAGCAAGGAAGCAGGCAGAGUAUUUUGUUGCUCGUCAAGAGUACAUUCGCCUCAUUCGGUUCGCUGCGUGGUCGGUCGGCAGUAUGAUGCACACCAUCUACGAUCAGGGUGUCUGGGUCGAUCGAACUGAGAUCAGACGGCUUCGAGAAACGGCCCGCGUGGCAGCAUUGAAGAAGCAAAGUAUCCUCUUUCUUCCUUGUCAUCGCAGUCAUGUCGACUACGUCUCUCUUCACAUCAUCUUGUUUCAACUCGGAUUGAGUCUGCCAAGUAUCGUCGCCGGUGAGAACCUCAACUUCCCACUCGUCGGCAAGUUUCUUCAGAACUGUGGUGCCUUUUGGAUUGCGAGAGAAACACCGAGUGAAGCGGUAAAUCCAAUGUAUGCAACACUCAUGACGAGUUACAUUGACACACUGAUGGAGCGUGGCCAGAACUUCGAGUGCUUCAUUGAGGGAGGACGUUCUCGUACCGGCAAGAUGCUGCCGCCCAAGUACGGCAUGCUCAAAGAACUCUGUGAGUCUCUCUUACGACUUGAUAAGGACGCCAUCGUCGUGCCUGUGAGUGUGCAGUACGACAAUGUGCUCGAGACGGAGACCUACGCCAAUGAACUCCUCGGCCGGCCUAAAACCAAGGAAUCACUUUCCUCAUUUGUCAAAGCCAGACGCGUUCUUGCAUUGCGCAUGGGUCGUAUCGAUUGUCGCUUCGCCGAGGGCUUCAGUAUUCGUGACUACCUCCGUGAAACGGGGUUCAUGGAUCCAAAGGACUACCCAGCCGCUACAACAGAGCGCGAGAUGUUUGCACAGAAUUCAACUCCAAUUCUCAGGCGUCUCGGGUACAGUGUUCUACAUGACAUCAAUCAAGCUAGUGUCGUGAUGCCAACUGCAUUGAUUGCAACUGUUUUGCUGACGUUGCGUGGACCUGGCAUUAGCAAAUCCAAUUUGGUCAAGCGUGUGCAGGAGCUAUCAGACCUCAUCAGGCACAAAGGAGGUCGUGUGGCAUCCAUUGACAAUUAUGAGACGAUUGUCGACAAGGCCAUUAGCGUGCUUGGCAAGCUCGUGGGUAUCAGGACAGACUUGCUAGAAGAUACAUACUACGCUGCUGACCGGUUCCAAAUUUCCUAUUUCAGGAAUCAGAUCAUUCACUUAUUUAUCAAUGAAGCAGUCAUUUGCGUUUCGCUCUAUACAAAAGUCAAGGCAGGUGGCAAGGCCAGCGAUCAGCGCAUCUCAGCGGAUGACUUGCAACGCCAAACACUGUUCCUCUCUCGCGUCAUGAAGGGCGAGUUCAUCUGGAACACACAAGGGAUUGAGCUGAACCUGCAACAAGCCACCUCGCAACUCUCUGCUGAUGGUGUGAUUAACAUCGGAGAAGGCUGGAUAGAAUUGAGUGACCAAGAACGGAUGCGUGGUCGGGAGAUGUUUGACUUUUACUGUUUCCUGUUGUGGCCGUUUGUGGAGACUUAUUGGUUUGCAGGUGUAUGUUUGCUGGCGUUGACACCACUGACACCCUUGUCAGAGCCAGUUCUCGUCAAGGACUAUGAAAAGGCUGUUCAGCUGCUUGGUAAGACACUCUUUCACCAAGGUGAUGUGUCGUACAUCACUGCAGUUUCGUCUGAGACGCUGCAGAAUGCAUUGCAGUACUACUACUCCCUCGGUGCCAUUACCAUGGUAAAGGGUGCCAAGAAGAAGGAUCUUCGCAUUCAGUUGUCACCAGAGUGGCUGCCAUCGCGCAAUGAAAAGGGCAAGAUUGUACCAGAGGGCAAGUUGAUUGAACAUGUGCGACAAAUUGGAUACAGUCGCAAAGAGGGAAGUAGGAGUGGUGUUCGCAACACGCACCUUCCAAAUGACUUGCUGAGGUUGGUCGAGCGGCUGAGAGUAGAGUUGCAUUUGAAACCAGCUGCUGCACCGCUCAAGGCCAAGUUGUAGACUAAGUAUAUGUCAUUUCUUGAGCGUAGCAGGAAUUGUGUUUCUAGAUUAGACCCUCAUCUGAAAAUCGCCAGCUCGGGUCGCCACUUG